GGGUUUUUAUAAAUUGACGCCAAAAAUUGUAUAGUGACUUGUGAACUAUUCCUUGAAAAAAUCGGUGAUUAUUGUUAAUAAAUUGAAAGUAUUGGAAAAUUAUGGAAGUAUUAGGCCGAAUUUCAACCACAUUUGAAAAUAUCAAAAACACGAUAAAAAAUAGAAACUCGUCUGAAGGUCUGCUGAAUCUGAAGAAAGACAUUCAGAUACUGAACAAGGAGCUCGUGAUGUUCGGCAAGGAGAACCACGACCAGUACGUCAGGUCUCUGGCCAUGGAAGGAUAUAUAACACUGUUAUCCGUUAAAACAAUGCCCAUUGCUUUAUCUGAUAAAAGAAAUAUUUUACAAGAAUCUUUUGAAAAAUUGAAACAGUUCGCACUUAGGGAGGAAUGUCUUUUUAUUAUGUUAAGAAUCCAGAAUCUUUUAUGUUAUUAUCUCAUACAAUUAGAUGAAGUGACAUUUGCCAAGGAAAUAUUAGAAAGCAUGGAAGAUGUUUAUGAAAAAAUAAACAAAUCGCUGUCGGAAAAUUUCUAUGAUGCGGAAGAUUUGUUCACAACAGAGCCUAUUACAAAAAUCAAAAGAGUAAAACCAGAAAAGAUUGACAAAGUUAUCACAAACAAUGUUCAGAUGCAAGCAUUUUUAUAUAACAAAUUAAAUUUGCCUGAGAAAUAUACCCUAUAUAACCACACAGCUCUGAGGCGACAGUUGGAGAUGAAAGAGGGUACACCACAAGACUGGGCGCUGCGGACCGCCCGCCUCGGCAACUACUUCACGUAUCUCAACCAGCUCAGCAAUGCGCGCCAUCAUCUCUCCGCAGCCUAUCACGUCCUACGCACCUGCCAUGACAACUGCAAGCUUAUUCCGGAAGAAUUCGUUCUUCAGAAAGCUGAAUUCGAAAUGCAUUUCUUAGAACUUAGUCACCACUGGGUCAAAUACGGUUUGACACUGUUUAAAUUAUCGAGGAAGAAAAUUUUAAACCGUUAUUUUUCAAAUCCGACAACUAAGUCAAACUUAUGGAAAACCGUAAACCAAAAUGAUUUAGAAGAGAGAGUAGUAAAUGUUGAAAAGUACGAGGAAGACGAUGUAAAGGAAGUUCCUGAAAAAAAGGGAAAAGGAGAUGGAGCCUCAAAUAAGCUCUACAUUUUCCCUUCUCUGAAUUUAAAAGAUAUAGAAAAUCGAGUACCGGUGGAGAUGAUAUGUGAAAUUGAAGAAGCCAGAAAAUUAUUUACAUUUACGCACAAAUGGCUAAUGAGAGCGAGACACUUUUACGAUUUCGAGCACCACAGUGCACAGUACGUAUCCUGCUCUCUCCAGUUGGCAGAGUUGUACGAGCAUUUAGCAUUCUUCGAGAAAAAUAUCGACAAUCAAUAUAACAUACAAAAAAGACGGGCUGACGUGCUGGAAGCGUUGAACUCAUUAUUGAAGAACUGCGAUACCGUGAUGUCGGUACAGAUUGACGUAAUCAAAGAGCUGUCCCAAGUCCAGCUCGAGCUGAUGGCCCUCAACUUGCAAAAGCUAUGGCGCGAGGAGUCGCAGACUAACAUAUUUAACUUGGAUGCAGAUGCGGACUCUAUUAUAAAUUCUUUGGACUCCGAAUCUAAUAAGACGUUGACGGAGAAAACUUUAAAUGCAUCUAGCAAAAAUUUAUUCCUUCGCAAGAUGGAAGCGGCGACUCUUAUAAAUGGAAAGUUGUUUCGCUUGAGCGGUCAAUUAGACGCCAAGACGCCUUCGCAGCUCAGUUUUGCCACCGACAUCUUGAAGAACUGAUUUACAGGUUCCCUUGUUUUGCUCAGUAACACUUCACUUUGAAUACAUUAUACAUUUAAAUAAAACACCAUUUGCAGAACGAGCUAUAUUUAAGAAAUCUACUUAAUUAUUUUAAACACUGUAGCAUCUAUUAUAAAAUAAAAAUCUACAAGCCCCACUA